AUGGCUAUAAAUUUGUGGCGCUCGCAAUCAGUAUCAAAUCGCAUUUAUCAAAGGAAAGACACUUGAAUGUCACUGCAAAAUAAAGAACAGAAACUCAAGCAUCUCUUCGAUGGCGGCGCUUGGAAUGUCUAUGCACCGGAUAUAUUAAAUCUUGGCGUGGGCGCCCCAGGCACAGAUUUAUUAGAGCCCUGUUGUGAUCUAUUUCAACAGGCAUCGGCGCAUUGUCUGAAUCGAGAGAAGGACGACAAUCAGUCGUUGAUCUUUCAGUAUGGACCAACGAGCGGCACCUUCGAAGUGCGCCAUCAACUUGCGCAAUACUUUACCCAAAUGUACGGUAGUCCCGUCAACAGUGAGGACUUGAUAAUCACAACUGGCGCCACACAGGGCUUGCAUUUUGUGCUCUCCACGUUAAUUGACUUCAAUGGCUUCAUCUUUGUGGAUGAAUUCACUUAUAUGAUUGCCUUGGAUAGCAUGAAACACUUUACGACCCUUCAGAUUGUGCCUCUUAAACUUAACGACGAUGGAGUUGAUCUCAAAGAUCUCGAGGCGAAAGUAAGCGAAAGGCGCUUUAAAUCAAACAGUAAAGAGUUCUGGGCCAUGUACUAUACAAUUCCAACAUAUCACAAUCCUACGGGCAUUUUGUUCUCGCCAGAUGUUUGUCGUGGCAUUGUGAAGCUGGCGCGCAAGUUUGAUUUCCUGGUGCUGUGCGAUGAUGUCUAUAACAUACUCAACUACAUAGAGAAGCCAUUACAUUCACGUCUUCUUUCCUACGAUGCACGUACGGAUGAGGAUUUCGCUGGCAAUGUCAUCUCCAAUGGCAGCUUUUCGAAGAUUAUUGGUCCAGGAGUGCGUUUGGGUUGGUUGGAAGUGCCGCCUCUAUUAAAGCUGCAACUCGACAGAAGUGGAAUCAUUAUGAGUGGUGGCUGCUUCAACAAUUACACAGCUGGCAUUGUGGCCAGUCUCUUUGAGCUGCAAUUGGCCCAAACGCAUAUAGCAAGUGUCUAUGAGGCAUACAAAGAGAGAAUGUUAACAACGACAGCGAUACUUAAGGCUGAGUUACCUGAAGGUUGUCAGUUCUCAGCCCCACGCGGAGGUUACUUUAUUUGGAUAAAAUUACCGGAAGAACUCGAUGCUGGCGAGUUUAUGGAAUAUACUUUGAAGCACGAGAAGAUCACAUUUAUAGCUGGCCCACGUUUUGCAAUAGAAACUGGUAAGGGUAAGCAAUAUUUUCGUAUAUCGAUAGCCUUCCAUUCCAAGGAGAAACUGGAGGAUGGAACAAAACGAUUGUGUUCAGCUCUAAAGAGCUUUAUGGCCAUUACUGCCGACGUCAAACUUUGAUAAGCGAAAAAGAAAAGACUAUUUUUAACUGUUCUGUUUUUUAUAAUAUGGCAAAAUGUUUUUAUUGCUUGUUGUUGUUUGUUAUCGUAUUUUAAAUAGUGCUUAAACAGAUAGGACUUAGACAGUAAUUAGCUAUAAAGAUCGUUAUCAAUUACGAACAUGUAAUAAAAUAUGCGUAUCUAAAAAAAUGUUUUUUGGGCACAAUGCUUAAAAAUAUCACAAAUUUGAUAAAUUUAUACAAAUAUAUUCAAGUUGCAUUUUA